CCAUUUAUUUCCCAGAAUAACAGCCCAAGAACAUCAUACUCACACCACUUACUGAAAUCGACGGAUUUAAGAUUGUGAAAGGGCGGCAACAGAAAUGAAACUGGCACAGUAAGCAUAAGGAGGUGGCACUGAAUGUCCAGCAGUUGAGUCAUGCUGGGAAUUCCUUUCUGUGCUAUAAUGACGUCAAAAUCAAUGUAGGAACCCCAGUAUAAGAGCAGGACCAUCAAUGCUGACCUGUAUACUCUGCAGCAUCUACAACAUUAAGAUGUGCCCUCAGUCCUCUUUAAUAUUUCUUCUCACGUUUCUGCCUUACAUUUGGUGUGAGCAGCCAUUAAACUGCAGAUGGGGACCGUAUGGAGACUGGUCAGAGUGUGACGGCUGUACCAAAACACAGGUUCGAGUGCGUCAAGUAGAGACAUUCCCUCAGUUUGGCGGAAAGUCUUGUACAGGCGAGGACAUUCAGAAACAAGCCUGUUUACCGAAGAAAAGCUGCCCUCUACAGGCAGGAUGCGAAAACAGAUUUCGUUGCACGUCUGGUCAGUGCAUCAACCCGUCUCUGGUGUGCAAUGGAGAUCAUAACUGUGAAGAUGGUUUGGAUGAACAGCGCUGUACUGGCUCUAUAGUGUGUGAUAAGCAAAAGCCACCACCAAACUCAGACCUCACAGGAAGAGGGUUUGAUGAGUUGACGGGUGAGCUGAGAGCAGGUGUCAUCAACACCCGUAGCUUUGGUGGACAGUGCAGGAAGGUUUUCAGUGGAGACCACAGAGAAUUCUACAGACUUCCUCAAAAUCUACUCAGAUACAGCUUUCAGGUCAGUGUUGAAAACGAUUUCACUGAUGACUACUAUGACAGUUCCUGGUCCUACAUGAGGGAUGAAAAGCAAAGAAGGAUCAUUCGGGGAGGCCAUGAUCAUAAAACCUUUCAUAACCAACUUAAACAGGACAAGACCUAUCACCUGCUGAUAAUAAGAAAUGAGGUAGAAGUGGCUCAGUUCCAGAACAACGCUCCGGAAUACUUGCCUCUGUCUGAAGAUUUUUGGAAGGAUCUAUCAGCUCUGCCCAUCACAUAUGAGCCAUCAGCCUAUCGACUAUUCAUACAGCGAUAUGGUACUCACUAUAUGGAGGAAGGAUCUCUGGGGGGCCAGUAUAGGGCACUGCUGGAGCUGGACGCAAAUUAUAUGAUGGAAAUGAGUAGAACAGAGACUGAUUUCCACCAGUGUAUUACCCGUGUGAAGCGGCGUCUCUUCUAUAAGAAGAAAACAACCAAGUGUGUGAAACUGAUGAAGACCAUUGAGAAUUUCAGUGAGAACAGAAACCAUAAGAUGCCAAUAAAAACAGACAUUAUAGGAGGAAAUAGCGCUUAUAUCGCUGGCCUUAGUCUCCUGGACUUGGAAAACCCUGACAAUAACAAACAAAUGUACACAAAGUGGGCUGGGUCAGUGAAGGAGUUCCCUAAAGUAAUAAAACAGAAGUUGAGGCCGCUGCAUGAAUUGGUCAAGGAGGUGGCAUGUGCAGGACUAAAGAAAGUCCACCUGAAGAGGGCACUGGAGGCCUAUCUGGAGGAGCAGAGCCCCUGUCACUGCAGACCCUGUCAGAACAAUGGCAUGGCUGUGCUCAGUGAAGGGGUUUGUACAUGUGUGUGUAGGCCAGGAACCAGCGGUAAUGCCUGCCAGAAUGGCCAUGUCCUUGGAGAGCAACCAGGAGUGAUUGAAGGAGGCUGGAGCUGCUGGUCUGCCUGGAGCAGCUGCUCUCAUGGUCAAAAGUCAAGGACUCGUUCAUGCAACAAUCCUACGCCAAGAAAUGGAGGCAAAAAUUGCAUAGGAGAAACCAUAGAGCGCAGAAGCUGCGAGGAGCCGGAUUUUGAACACCUCAAAAUCUUGGAGCCCCAUUGCUUUGAUCCCACACUGACACCAGUGAAGACAUGUAAAACUCCCCCUCCUUUGGCUAAUGGGUUUGUUUUGGACCCAAAAGACAUCUAUACAGUGGGCAAGAAGAUUGAAUACACCUGCACAGACGGAUACGAUCGCAUUGGCAAUCCAUUCGCUGAAUGUACAGAAAGCCUGACAUGGAGGAUAUCACCAAUGGAGUGCAAAAAAUCAGAGUGUGAUGCUCCAGCUGUUCUCAGAAAUGUGAUUGUUGUGCCCUUAAAACAAUCCUAUCGUAUUGGUGACAGUGUGACCCUCUCAUGUCCAAGCGGAAUGCAGAAAGAUGGUGAAGGAGAAAUCAGGUGCCGGCUUGGUCUCAGCUGGUAUCCAGAUCCUAAGAGUGUCCGUUGCAACCCAGUUGAAGCAGUGCCCACCCAACCAAGCCUCCUCUGCAAACCAUGGGAAAAACCAGGGACGGGUCAGUGUGUUUGCAAAAUGCCUUUUGAAUGCAAGACGUCUCUCCACGUUUGUGCCACUGUGCGUCCGGGCCGGGUCAACCGAAUGAGUGUCUGCCAGCUUGGGGCUCUGCAGUGUCUUGGGAAAACCUUUACUUUGCUGCAGGAUAGUGCAUGCAGUUGGCCAGAAACCAAAUUCACAUCCUGUCAGGACUGCCAUCAGUGGGAGACAUGCGAUGGUUCGAAAUGUGACUGUAAGGAUCCUGAGGACUGCCCUGAUGAUUCCGCCCACGUGUGUGUCUCUCUGAUGGGCGGAGCUCCUGAGAUGAUGUCAGAAUGUGAGGCGGGAGCUUGGAGAUGCAGAGGGAAAGAAAUGAACGUGCUCAAAAUUGGAGCCUGUCAGUCAUAAAGUAUUUUUUAAAUAUAUUGUUUGGUGCAGCUCUAUGAUGUUUCUUUUUACUGUAAUAUAAAAAAGACAUGUAUUCACUUUGCAAAUAAAUUUUGUAAAUAAGUGCAAA